UUCCAUUUUGAUCAACUCCGUGAAGCAGUCGAUCAAGGAGGCUGUGAAACAUCAGAAGUGCAAUUUUUCACAAGGGCGAAACCAAUUUUCCUAGUGCAGGCCGGUGAGGUUUUGUGAUUUUGUACUUUCCCAAGAAGUGCGUUUGCGUUUUGGCCACAGAGAUCGCGAGGAAAUUGGAGAUAUCGGCUGAAAAGAGACGCGCAAAGCUCGCAUCGUUCGAAUGGCGUCAAUUCAGCAGUGGAACUCGUAUGAUUUUCUAAAUGAGAAUCUGAGCCACAGCCUCUCCGGAUCAGACAACAUGCUGAAGACAUCGAUUAACUCUCUGUUCGAGCAUGAUCUUAUGAAUUCGAGCUAUUCAACGGGCGCUGAAGAUGCCCAGUCUCUUCCGGAUGCGUCGUAUUACAACCGUAGGCACUUGCAGUCCUUCGGCAGUGCUUUCCUGGAGCCACCAAUAGCGACCAACUCCCUUCCCGUCACGCCCACGAGCCUCCAGCCCACCCUGGACUUCGAUCCUCUGCAGCUUGGACAUCUGUUCAAGGGCUCGGAUGCUCUCCAGAGAAGCUCUCUGAGUCUGGACACGCCACCAUCACCUAAAGCGCUGCCCAAGAACCCGUUCAACUUUCCGCACAAUUUCAGUCACUCGCAGGAGAAUUUCUCGUCCAGCACGAGCAGUGGCGCCAAUUCUCCAGUGAGCGACAGUCCAGUUCCCACACUCGAGAAUCUCCUCGAGAUCGUGAAUUUGAUGAACGUGAGGAAUCAACAGAUGGCCAUUCUUCGCAACUCAGAGGCCCAGAAUCCUCUGAACAUGCUCCUGCAGCUGCAGCAGAGCGGCAUUGAUCCUGUGACUCACUUGAAUUUGCUCUAUGCCAAUCAGUUGAAAAACCUCCAGAUGGUCCAGAAUCACAGCGCGAGCAGUGAUCAUCUGCUUGAUUACAUGGCAAAGAACCAUCGCCAAUCUCACGCCGCAACGGAGAAUUCAUUCACUUGGCAUGGCUCUCUGCCAACACGCAAUCACGACAGCAUCACGUACUCGACGAAGGUGUUUGUGGGUGGAAUCCCAUGGGAAACCACAGAGGGUUGUCUCAUGGAGAUGUUUAGUCAGCUUGGCUCAGUGCGAAUCGAGUGGCCAGGCAAAGAGAACCGUACAUCGCGUCCGCGCGGCUGCGCUUACCUGAUUUUCGAGCGCGAAGAGCAGGUGAAGGAGUUGCUGAGCAUUUGUCAAGUGCACGAGGAUGCUGGCGAGCGGAAGUACUUCUACCGUUUGCUGCCGAAAGGCAAGGAAGUGGAGGUGAUUCCGUGGAUCGUCUCGGACUCUCUGUAUAUCAAGCGCACAACGUUGACGCUUGAUCCGAAGAUGACUGUGUUCGUGGGAGCUCUGCACGGGAAGCUGACGGCUGAGGGUCUCGCGGAGAUCAUUGACGUGCUGUUCGGUGGUGUGAUUUAUGCGGCGAUUGACACGGACAAGCACAAGUAUCCGAUGGGCGCAGGAAGAGUGACGUUUGACAACGCUCAAUCCUACGUGAAGGCUGUGAGGGCGGCCUUUGUGGAGAUCAAGACGCCCAAGUUCAAGAAGAAGAUACAAAUUGACCCGUAUCUUGAGGACAACCUGUGCUCGUCGUGCAACAUACAACAGGGCCCGUACUUCUGCCGUGAGAUCCAAUGCUUCAAGUACUAUUGCCGCACGUGCUGGCAACAGAGGCACUUCCUGGUGCCGCUCUAUUACAACCACAAGCCCAUGAGUCGCAAUUCCAAGUCACAGACUCUGGUUGGCAUUGGGCCGCCGUGCUCAGGCAGCGUUUAUUCGGGAUUUCAGCGCUAGACGCGCUCCUGAUUUUGUGUACUUCCAAGUUAGAGUUUCUCAAGUCUUUGAGAUCAUGUCCAGAAACUGAAUUUCUGCCACCUUUUAUUAAAUCACAGCCCAUGAUUUCUUUUUGCAUAUAAAAUUGGGAAAUAUGAUACUAUAUAGGUUCAUAUAUAGUCAGAAUGUUUAAAAUAUUUAACCUUUUUAAUUAAGUGCUCAAUGGAGAAUUUUGCAGGGCAAAACUUGGCCAUAUUGAGAUUGAGGUUUUCUCUGGGCUACGAAAUGUCAAGUAUUAUUGUGUGCUUUUCCAGCUCAGUUAUUACAUUGUAUAAGGCGAUUAAUUGAGGAGCGAUUUAUGGAUUAGUGGGUGGAGUAGAGUUAAGAAGAGUCUGUUUUUUUCUUUAUUAUUCGUUUUCGCCAUUUUAUUGAGGAAUUUCUUUGCAAUAAAAAUGGAAGUUAUUUAGUUUUAAGAGAGAGAGA